ACCAGUAUCAUCCUCUCUCUCUCUCUCUCUCUCUCUCUCUCUCUCAUACUGAUAUCGUCAAUGGAGGAGCUUAAGAGUCUAGGUAAACACAACAAGCCGAAGCCAUGGGACGUUGACCCAGACAUGGAGCGUUGUUUGGAGCGUUGGGCAGUGGAGAAAAAGUUCGAUCCGACAUGGAACCCGACUGGUAUGCUCGAAGUCAGCUCCUUCUCCAGAGUGUAUCCUCAACGCAGAGAGAAGCAUCUUCUCAAGUGUUGGCCCAGAGUCAAGUCCGCUCUCAAGGAACACGGCGUCUCCUGCGAGCUCAACCUGGUUGAACGUUAUAUGACUGUUUCAACGACCAAGAAGACGAGAGAUCCGUACAUCAUCGUCAAAGCUAGAGACUUGCUUAGGCUUCUGUCUAGAAGUGUCCCUGCUCGUCAGGCACUCAAGAUUCUGGAAGACGACAUGAGUUAUGAUAUCAUCAACAUCGGACGUUUGGCUCCAUCAAAGGAGAAAUUUCUAAUAACAAGGGUUCUGUUUUUGGGUCAUAAGUCUUCUUCCUUGAAGACGCUGGAAACAUCAACCAACUGUUUCAUUCGGCUUCAGGGCAACACUGUUGCCGCAAUGGGUUCUUUCAGAGCUCUCAGAAGACUCAGGAUAAUUGUUGAACAUUGCUUCCUUAAUGGAAUGCGUCCUUCGGAUGUCUUGAAAACUAUGGAGGAUGCAGGAAAAUGUGGCCCGAAUAGGUUUACUAAAGAGAAGGAUCCAUUUACAGACUCUCCUUGGUACUUACCAAGCGCUAACACUUAUUGGGAAGAUGGCGGAUAUAUGCUUCCUUUGUAUGAUAGGUUUUAAGAGAUGGAAGCAUACUGGGGUUUAAUCACUCUGUGCUCAAAUCCACUGUGUCUCUGAUCCUGCUGCUUUGUUUAAUUUACGCCAACUUAAUCUAGUAUGUAUUUUUCUUUAUCGACUUGCCAACUUAAUCUAUAGUUUCUUUAUCGACUCGAUAUUUACUGCUAUUUUAUUCACUAUAUAUCUUUUAUAA